CACGCACAAGCGAUUCACUCACACAACCGUCGAAAUCUUCGCUCUGCCCCACCAUCGCGAACCUCCCUCUCCCCCAGAACAUCACCCCUCAUAACGACCCCUCCUCUCCCUAUAAAUCAGCCAUAAUGAACGGUGAAGAUCCGCCUGAGAGGCCUAGCGAGAUCUCGUCCAUCAUCAACGGACUCGAACGAUACAACCCUGAGGCUGUCGGCGCCCUUGAGACCUAUCUCCAAGACCAAUGCGAGCAGAAAUUCACUGACUGCAAUGCCAACCGAACACUGCUGAAACUAUAUCAGCUCAACCCCGACCGUAUCAAGGAUGAGGUGAUCACCAACGUCUUGGUCAAGACAAUGACCCAGUUCCCCUCCGCACAGUUCUCUCUCGCUCUCCACCUCAUCAACCCCUCCGCUGCUGUCACUGGCGACCUCGGCGAAGCUAUCACCAAGCUCCGAUCCCUCAACGGUCAGCUCGAGGGUGCUCAGUACUCCCGUUUCUGGGCCGAUCUCGACGACGACAUGGUUGCCGAUUUGAUUGCCGACAUUCCUGACUUUGAGGACGUCGUUCGACACCGGAUCGCCCUUCUCGUCUCACAGGCUUUCCGUGAGCUCCAGAUCACCCAUCUCGAGUCAUGGCUCGGUCUCAACGAGGAUGCCACCAAGAAGUUCGUUACCGAGGUUUGUGGUUGGACUGUCGAAAGUGACGGCAACGUCAAGGUUCCCUCAAACCCUGACAACGAGGCCAAGAAGGCUGAGAUCCGUGAGGACGUCAACGUCGAGCAGUUCUCCAGGGUAAUCCGACGGUCGUGGGAGGACACUGUUUGAGCUUUUUGAUGAGAGUUUUAGCGGAUCACAAGGGAUUUUUCGCGCACUUCCCCCACCAUCUGAUUGGAUUCGGACAUCACGAUUGAUGAUGCGGAGGGGUUAGGAAGGGCUCACAUGGUAGCAUGGCGGGGGUUACAAAAACUAGGCGUUUAAUCGGACAUGUUAUUGCAGAGCAAUCCAAGGAUCUAGAAAUGCAUAGAACUUUGCGAUUUACUACAUCGUAUCUGGCUCAUGUAGACCGA